GACGCCACUGUCUCAUGAAUAGAAAUGAUAACGUUUGAACAAAGGUGAGCUCUAUCAGUGUAUAUGUUUCUAUUUCAUGAUCGUCACUUAGCUUAAAGCAUGCCGGUGUGAAUGUGCAAAAAUUAGAAGACAAUUUUAGCAGUAAUGGAGAAGUAUAGAAGUGCGGAAUGUCCGAUUUGUUUCCACGUAUUUCCCGGUAAAAUAUUCAUGUGCAUUUCCGGCCACAGCCUGUGCGAAUCCUGUUGGGAGAUAACCAUAAGAUGUGCAAUCUGUAACGAAUAUAUGACGUCUAUGCGUAAUUUUACAGUAGAAGCGCUCAUCAAGGAAUUCAAGGAGAAUCUCUAUAGCAGCGCUAGCAAAAUUCAAAAAACCGCAAGCAAGGCCCGGGUAAAGGCGAAGGAGCCCAUCUGUCCAGCAUCACCCAGCUGCAAGUCCUUCCAAUCGGAUAAGCACGAUCCCAUUCGACACAUGGAAACAUUCCACUGUCACGAUUUGAUAAAGUCAAUGUAUAGAAGUGGUAUAAAGGUAACGAAAACGGUUCACCGUAAUGAAGGCCAUGAAAAUUUCUUUAAAGUCAUCUACUGUAAGCAGAAGUUUUUCAAGUUGCACGUCAAUAUUAACCACUCCAUCAUGAUGGUCCAUUUCUCGUUAGGUGUUAUCAACGACACAAUUAAGGGAAAAUUCGACGUGGAUUACCAACGCCUGAUCAGAAGCGACAAAUACUCUGCGGCGAUUUUGUCAGAUAAUCAUCGCUUCCUUCUGCGACAGGACCACGCGACCAUUCCCAAAGAUCGCUGUUGUCCCAACAUAAAUGGAAAUGUCACGCUGGUAGUGUACUUGAACUUAAUUUUUUGAUCGUUAUUUAUAUGUAAAACGAUGUUUCUUAUGGAAAAGACAGCUGUGCUGUUCGCAUUUUUAUUCUUGAUGAAUUUUUUAUAUUCUUGUGAUUUUUUUAAUAAAAUUUCUGAAUGAGAA